AUGACUGAGGAGGACACCGACCGGUUUCGACUGGCAGCUCCUCCCCUCUUCAAGCCUGUGUGGGCCUGUCGCGAGAAGCCAGAUGCCCCACGGCAGGCGCUUCUGGCGAUGCUGCCGGGCUCUGAAGAGGCUGUCUGCAGUGCAACACCGCUGGAGGUCUCUGCCCUCUCUGCCUUGGGGCAGCUUGCGCGGCGAAGCGAAGAGCAGGCGCGCCUCAUCCUUCGGUCACCAGCGGUCCUGCAGCAAAGCUUCAAGAUCCUGGAUCGCUGUGCCUGUGACGAGGAGAAGGUCGUCGAUGUGCUGCAGUUCCUGCGACACGUCCGGGCAUUUGUCCCAGAGGAGGUCGUCCGGAGCAGGAUGAAGACCUCCGUCUCUGCAGCCGCGGCUCGACUUCCAAGGUCGGAGGUGGUGAAAUCCCUGGCAAACGCCUUGGUGAGCUGA